GGCCUGGCGGCCCCGCCCCGCCCCCUGGCGGUGCCCCCCGCCCCCCCCGCGGCCCUCGGCGUUGCGGUGACGUCACUCCCGCCGCUGCCUGGCGCGGGGCGCGCGCGGACCGGGCCCGGGGGGCGCGAGCGGCGGCGCGAGGCGGCUCCGGCGGCGCCAUGUUGCAGACCCUGUACAGCGCGUUCUGGUGGGAGCGGCUCUGGCUGCCCGCCAACCUCACCUGGGCCGACCUGCAGGACCGCGACGGGCGCGUCUACGCCAAGGCCGCCGACCUCUGCGUCACCCUCCCGCUCGCCCUCCUCUUCCUCGUCGUCCGGCACCUCUUCGAGACGUACGUGGCCACCCCCUUGGCCGGGCUCCUCAACGUCAAGGAGAAGGUCAGGUUAAAAGCCGCCCCCAAUGCCACGCUGGAGAAGUUUUACGCCACCACCAAGCACCCCAAGCAGGCGGACGUGGAGGCGCUGUCCAGGCAGAGCGGCUGCACCGAGCGGCAGGUCGAGCGCUGGUUCCGCCGCCGCCGCAACCAGGACCGGCCCAGCCUGCUCAAGAAGUUCCGCGAGGCCAGUUGGCGAUUCACCUUUUACCUUAUUGCUUUCAUUGCUGGCAUGGCUGUCAUAGUGGAUAAGCCCUGGUUCUACGACCUGCGGGAGGUGUGGAAGGGCUACCCCAUCCAGAGCAUGCUGCCCUCCCAGUACUGGUACUACAUGAUCGAGCUCUCCUUCUACUGGUCGCUGCUCUUCAGCAUCGCCUCCGACGUCAAGCGCAAGGACUUCAAGGAGCAAAUCAUCCACCACGUGGCCACCAUCAUCCUCAUCAGCUUCUCCUGGUUCGCCAACUACAUCCGCGCGGGGACGCUCAUCAUGGCCCUGCACGACUCCUCGGACUAUCUGCUGGAGUCCGCCAAGAUGUUCAACUACGCCGGCUGGAGAAACACCUGCAACAACAUCUUCAUCGUCUUCGCUGCCGUCUUCAUCAUCACCCGCCUGGUCAUCCUGCCCUUCUGGAUCAUGCACUGCACGCUGGUUUACCCGCUGGAGCUCUACCCGGCGUUCUUCGGCUACUACUUCUUCAACUUCAUGAUGGCGGUGCUGCAGGCGCUGCACGUGUUCUGGGCCUUCCUCAUCAUCCGCAUGGCCCACAAGUUCAUAACUGGAAAGGUGGUGGAAGACGAGAGGAGCGACCGCGAGGAGACGGACAACUCGGAGGAGGAGGAGGAGGGGACGAAGAACGGGCCCCUGUCCAACGGGCACCCCGUCCUCAACAACAACCACCGCAAAACCGACUGAGCGCCCGGGCCCCCGCGGCCACACCCGUGAGGUGUCAACCCCCCGUGUCACUGGGGUCCCCGCUCCCCCCGCCCCCCAUCCGGCUCACUUUUGGGGUGUUUUCCUGCCUUUUCACCCUCUGCCUUAAGCCACCGCGGGGUGGGCGGAGCGAGGACGGGACCCGCUGUCCCCAGUGUCCCCGGUGUCCCCAGGACGGGGACAGCUCCUCCCCACGGCCCCCCCGGGAUUGGCUCCAACCCCCUUUAUUCCCCUUUUUCCAACCAGCGCGUCCACUUCAAAAAUGGGAAAAAACAGGAAAAAAUCCCCUUUUCCGCCCGGUGUCCGGAUUCCCGGGUGAAACCGGCGCGGGGUGUUUAGUGGCCGAAUGACGGGAGGUGACACGGGGGUGACACGGGGGUGGCGCUCGGGGGCAGCGGCCGCGGGGCUCCGCGUGCCCCGGAGGAGCUGGAGCGUCUCGCUCCCGUGUCCCGUGGGUGGUUCUGGGUGUCCCGGCUCCUCCCCGGCGGGAACGGGACGAACUCGGGACUCCUUGCGGGUUUGGGGUUUAUUGGUCGUUUCUAUUUAUUCGGAAGGAGCCGGGUCUGGGGGCCCGGGGGAUGGGGACCGGGGCCCGUGGGGCCGGGACCAGAAGCGACGCCGACCAAACCGCCUCCUUUGUUUCUUCUUUUUCUUUUUUUUUUUUUUUUUAAAUAAAAGGUUAAAUAUAUUAAAGGUUUAAAACUAAUAAACUUCAGUAAAAAAUCCCAAA